AUGGAUCAGCCCGCAUUCCGAAUCCGAAAGCGCACUCCACAAGCAUGUAGACGCUGUCGCCGUCGGAAACAACGAUGCAUCGGGUUUCCGACCUGUGCAAACUGCGAGGCUGCAAACUUGCCUUGCGCAAGAUCAGAGACUGAGCGACCCGAGAGCGCACCGGAAAGAUACCACGGCAUGUCGAAGGAUGCGCUGUUCAGCAGAAUUGAGACUCUAGAGGCUCAGCUGAGCGCUAUGUCAGGGGCCAAUUCAGCUCCAUGUACAGCUGAAAACAACCCAGGGCACUACUUUUCAGGAAAUGGCCAGUUUUCCGAUGUGGUGGACUGCUUGACAUUGGGACAUGUUGUAGGCAAUGAGCCAGCACAUCUCGGCCCCUCAUCAGGAAAGAUGAUCGCAACGAGCUUGGACCUGAUGAUGAAAGAUGCUGUUUGGAUGAAUGCUCUGUCAGAUGCGAGUAGCCGGGAACAGUGGCAUGGGCCCCGUCGAAAUUCUACCCGGCAGAACCGUAUAGGCCCUCCAACAGAUAUAGAAGGGUCGAAAUUCAUCCAGGCCUAUUUCGGAAACCUGCAUCAACUAUUCCCUUUUCUAGACCGGACCGAGAUAUUCCUGUUACAUACGAAGAGAAACCAACUGCUUGAGCCUAAUUCGACGAAAAGAUGGGAAGCAUUCAAGCUCUUCACGGUAUAUGCCAUUGGAUCAGCCAUGCAGAAGGCCCCAGACCGAUACAACUCCGCCGCCCCUGAGGACCUCUUCCGGAUUGCCUUGAAUUUCAAAGACCCUGUCUUGCAAUCUCGUUCCAUUCGAAAUAUCGAGGGAAUGAUAUUGCUCAUCAUUUACAAUUUGCGUUCGACAUCCAGCUCCACAAUAUGGUAUUUGAUUGGGCUCGCAAUGAGAACUGCAAUCGAUCUAGGGUUGCACAGAGAGAUCAAUUAUCUCAACCUCAAAUACUGCGAGUCUCAAGCAAGGCGCAGAAUGUUUUGGAGUGUUUAUGUACUCGAUCGCCAUAUCGCAUGGUCUCUCGGGCGGCCCUUCAAUAUCGCAGAUCAUGAUAUCGAUGUCGACCUCCCAGUCAAUUUUGAGAAACCUUUUCAAGCUUCUCCUGUUGACCAGCUGACAAAUUCUGAGGAGGAAAGCCUCACAAAGAGCCUCGGCCCCUUUGUUCCUUCUAUCAGAUUGGCCCGGUUAAGAUCACAAAUUCAUAACAAAAUCUACCGUGUCGACAAAGAUAUUUCUGGAUUGCUCCCCAUGGUUCCUUCAUUGCUGUCCUCUCUUGAAGACUACGAAAGGUCAUUGCCUUCUAGUCUCUCGCAGGCUGACAACGAGUGGAUCCAUAUGCACUGGAAUAAUGGUAUUCGGAUGAUUCUCCAACCGUUCCUGAAGGAGCUUCCUCCAGACCAUGAUUUGGUUCGCGUUUGCAUGAGAGCUUCGGGUCAGAUGUGUCAACUCUUCAAGAAAUUGCGCCAGAAAGACUACCUUGGCUGGGGCUAUAUCCUAGUCAACUUCAUGUUUAUGGCCGGGCUUACAAUGUGGUGGGUAUGUGUUCCAAUGUGA